AUCGUUCAAUGGCUCUACCCGGUAGCGGAAGAGAUAUGUUUAUAAGUAUUACAUGUGCUUAGACCUGGAUAGACAGGCUAUAAACAAUUUGUGUUAAUUAUGGCUACUCCUGUUAUACGACUAAGUAUUUUAAGAAGUCCACUUCAUUGGCUGUCUUGACUGAUCAGCUUUAAUGGCUGCAGUCUGUGAGAACAGUGAAACUCUUAGCAGGAGCAUCAUGCUGGGAGAUCUCAUUCAACACACAGGACUUUUACCCCAUAAGGUUCCAUACACAAGUUUAUGGGGUUCAGCUAGGAAGGAUAUUUAUAGAAGAAAUUCCCAUGUAUGGAACAAGUGUUUGUCCCAGCAGCCCAACAUUUGUGUUCAGUGUCGAUUAAUGCAUUUGUCUUUUAAAUGGUAUAAGAAACGAAAGACUGCAGAGGAUAAGAAGCCUGCUGCAGAAGUACAGUCUUUUUCUAAAGCUAAGGAUAAAGAACCAGUUGCUGUAUGGAGGUACAUGACAGUAGCUGAUGUUGCAAAUGCUGUAGGGAAAAGUGUUGAUCAUGUAUUUGAGGUCAUGAUGUAUGUUGAUAACUCUGUAUACUAUGAUAAGCCAUCUUCUGUUAUUGACAAUCUGCAAGUUAUUCAAGAUAUUGUGAAGAAGUCUGGUAUGAGAGCUCGCACAGUGCCCCAUCCAGACCUAAAUGUAUCUGAAUCAUUAAACAAAGAUGCAACAAAGCGGCCACCUCCUGAUCCUUCUGUUCUUGUGAAACGUCCGCCAGUAGUAACUAUCAUGGGGCAUGUGGACCAUGGGAAAACAACCCUCUUAGACUCUCUUCGAAAUACAUCAGUUGUUAAAACUGAAUUUGGAGGAAUCACACAACACAUUGGAGCCUUUUCAGUGAAGUUACAAAGUGAGAAAACUAUCACUUUUUUGGACACUCCUGGUCAUGCAGCAUUCACUGCUAUGAGAGCUCGUGGUGCAAAGGUCACUGACUUGGUGGUACUGGUUGUAGCUGCUGAUGAUGGAGUCAUGGAGCAAACAGUGGAGUCCAUCAGGAUGGCAAAGGCAGCAGAAGUUCCUAUCAUUGUAGCUAUAAACAAGAUUGACAAGAAGGAAGCAGACAUUGAGUGUACAAAAGAUAUGCUAAUACCACAUGGUAUUCAAGUGGAGGAUAGAGGAGGUGAUGUUCAAGCAAUUCCAAUAUCAGCCCUUGCUGGAACUAACCUUGAUGAGCUGAGUGAGGCAAUUGUACUGCAAGCUGAAUUGAUGGAUCUGAAAGGAGAUCCAAGGGGCAUGGUGGAAGGAGUUGUUGUUGAAUCAAGGACAGAUUCACGAAGAGGGAAACUAGCAACAGUUAUUGUUCAGAGAGGUACGCUACAGAAAGGAGCUGUACUUGUAGCUGGACUUGCUUGGGCUAAAGUGCGUGCCAUGUUCAAUGAAUGGGGACAACCCAUCCAGCAAGCACCACCAUCCACACCAGUUGAGGUCUUGGGCUGGAGGGAACUUCCUUCAGCAGGAAGUGAAAUCAUUGAAGUUGAGUCUGAGAAACGUGCUCGUGAAGUGAUGAAGUGGAGGGAGUCGGUGAGACAAGCUGAAAAACAGGAAGCUGAAAGGGAAGCAGUUGCAUGUAAAAUUGAAGAACAUUUGAAGAUAUACAAAACUCAGUUGGAAAUGAGAAGAAAAUCAGGAAGGUACAAAUUACGGCCAACUGGACCUCGGCAAAAGGAAAUCAAAGAUCUUGAUGAAGGACCAAGAGUCAGUGUUGUUGUAAAAGGGGAUGUUGAUGGAUCUGUAGAAGCCAUUCUGGAUAUCUUAGAAACAUACGAUGGUAACGCAGCUUGCAAGCUAGACCUAGUACAUUAUGGGGUUGGUAAUGUUUCAGAGACAGAUGUGGAAUUAGCUGAUACAUUUAAUGCAAUUAUUUAUUGCUUCAAUGUGGAAGUUCCAGAUGAAGUCGAAGAGCUGGCAAAGUCAAAUAAAGUAUCAAUUCAUUCACACAAUGUCAUAUAUAAAUUAGUAGAUGAUCUCAAGAAAGAAAUCAGCUCUCAGUUACCUCUCAAGAAUGUAGAGGAAGUACUAGGUGAAGCAAAUGUCCUUCAAGAUUUUGAAGUCACAGAAGGAAAGAAGAAAGUGCAUGUUGCUGGUUGCAGAUGUACAAAAGGAAUUCUGAAGAAAACUGGAAAAUACCGAUUACACAGAGGACAGGAAGUUAUUUAUGAUGGAUUACUGGCAUCCAUGCGCCACCUUAAAAAUGAAGUGGAUUCCAUCAAGAAAGAUGUUGAAUGUGGUGUUCGGCUAGAAGAUGGGACCAUUACUUUCAAACCUGGAGAUAUUUUAGUCUGUUAUCAGACAAGGAAAGAAGAACAACAGACCGACUGGGAUCCAGGAUUUUGAAAGGUGCUGAUGCUUUGAUGAAAUUCCCAUUUUGUCAUGUCUAAACCCCAGAUCAGAAUUUUCUUCAAAACAAUUUUCAGGCACGUAAAUGUCUAGUACCAUGAAAACAGUGCCCAAAGUUAUGCCCACUGUAAAAACUUCUGUAAAUAAAUACAUACUACUAUGGAAGUUCUCAAAUAAAAAUAUGCCUUGGUUUCA